UCGUCUGCAAAGUAAACGAGGCUGGAAUCACUUCCGGGUUAUUAUAACUUGUGAUUUUGACAAAUAUAUCGGCAUACAAACGUAAACAAUGUAAUCUAAAAAUGUAGCAUAGUUCUCGAUAGAGACAUAUUUUCAAGGUUUUAUUGGCAGACAAUGUCAACUUAUGAUUCUAGUUUAGAACCACCUUUUGACGAUUCAGUUCAACUAGCAGAUAUGCAGGUUGAUGAUACUGAUGAUCUUCCUAUCGUUACAGCACCUAUACAGAAUGGUGAAAGAAAUGUACCUUCUGUGAAUGCAGCAGAUAUGCCAGAGGUACAAAUGAUGGCUAGUAAUGGAGAUCAGAUUUCUAAGAGAAGAGGCUAUGCAAUUGUGGCCAUUCUUUUCUUCAUAAAUCUACUGAAUUAUAUGGACAGAUUUACUAUUGCAGGUGUACUUCAAUCUAUUCAGAAAUAUUAUGGACUAAAGAACUCGGAAGAUGGAUUGUUACAAACAUCUUUCAUAUCAUUUUACAUGGUGUGUUCGCCUGUAUUUGGAUAUAUGGGGGAUAGAUACACUCGGAAAAUUAUUAUGGCAUGUGGAAUAACAUUCUGGGCAGGUGUUACUUUAGCAGGAAGUUUUAUUCCAGCAGAUUCAUUUUGGGCUUUCAUCUUACUAAGGGGACUUGUUGGUGUUGGUGAAGCUAGCUAUUCAACAAUUGCUCCCACCAUUAUUGCAGACUUGUUUAGCAAAGAUUCUAGAACUAAAAUGUUGAUGAUUUUCUAUUUUGCAAUACCAGUAGGAAGUGGCAUGGGUUACAUUGUAGGAGCAAAUGUUGCUGAAGCAUUUGGUCAAUGGCAGUAUGCUCUCAGGGUUACACCGUUUCUAGGUGUAUGUUGUGUUGUAUUGAUAUUGUUUAUUGUGAAAGAGCCUGUGCGAGGAGCGGCUGACGGUGGGGAGCAUCUCCAUAAUACAUCUUUCUUCACAGAUCUGAAAGAACUUGUUAAAAAUAAAAGCUUUAUGCUUUCAUCAUUUGGGUUCACAUGUGUAGCAUUUACAACAGGGGCUCUUGCUCUUUGGGCACCUAUCUUUAUGCAGGACUCUAUAACUAUACAAGGGCAACUGACAUCUGAAUCAAGUGUUGCAUUGACAUUUGGUAUAAUCACAGUCAUAGCUGGUUUUCUGGGUGUUGGACUUGGGGCGGAGUCAUCACGGAGAUACAAGAAGAUAAACCCGCGAGCUGAUCCUCUAAUUUGUGCCCUGGGACUACUUGUUUGUACUCCAUUCCUGUAUUUUGCCCUAGUUUUGUCAAGAUACAAUACUAUAGCUACAUGGAUCUUAAUAUUUUUGGGAGAAACUGCCUUAUGUUUAAAUUGGGCUAUUAUAGCUGAUAUUUUAUUGUAUACAGUCAUACCUACUAGAAGGUCUGCAGCAGAAUCUGUACAGAUACUCAUGUCUCAUUUACUGGGUGAUGCUGGAAGUCCGUACCUUAUUGGUGUUGUAGCUGAUGCAUUUUCAGCAAAAUAUGAAGGAAAUCCCAGUAGUCCUGCUAUACAGUAUGUAGCGUUACAACAGUCACUAUAUAUAACAACAUUUGUAUGUGUUCUUGGCGGAGGCUUCUUCCUGGCUACAGCCUUGUUUAUAGUCCAGGAUAAAAAGGCAGCAGAAAGACAAGUUAGGGGUUUACCAGCAGAAGAAGAUCAUGUAUCGGAUGACGAGCAGUUAAUUAUAGAAUACUCGGAGGAUGACUUACAUCCUAUAGUAUAGGGGGAUAGGAUAAUCUCAGCCAUUGUGAUAUACAAAGGUUGCCAUGGAAACAGGAGAAACAAAUGCAGGCUAUGAUGAGGUCGUGGACAAAGAAGUGGAAAUACCAGCAAAAGGCCUAUAAAAAUCAUAAAAAAAAUUGUAAUGAUCUGGAAAGUUUGCACGAAAUGACCUUGAAGACAACUGCAGAAGGUGGAUGUGUGAAGAUGGAUUGUCUAAUGAACAGAUUUAUCCACAAUAAUCUCCUUGACAAUUCCGAACAAGAAAAUUGUAUUUGGCAACCCUUUCUUAUUUGAAAACUUUUGUUUAUUGAUUUUUACAUAUAAUUUUAAUGUCCAUAUAUAUAAAAUGGGAAUAUAAUUCAUGUUUUGUAUGUGUGCAGACAACCUAACACUUGGCCAUUUCAUCUUCAUCUUAUACUUCUUGACUUUGAGAUAUUGAAAUAUGAACUUGAACACAAAUUGACCUUGACCUUAAAAGGUCAAAUAUUGAAAGUCCAGAAAAUAAUUUUUUCACCGAUUUUAGAAAGGGGUAUUUGUGUUUCUGGCAGAAAUUUUUGUUGGCAUGAUUGUAGUAUUUUUAACUUGUGUAAAAAAAAAAUGAAAUACAUUAGAACCACCCUAAAUGGCAACAUGUUAAUCUGUUGAGUGUAUAGUGGUUUGAGAACCACAAUUCAUAGCAUAAAGUUUGCUCAAUGUGUUCUUGUUAAUAUUAAAGAGAGUUUGAACUGUAUGUUGUUUGAAAGUUUUAUAGCAUGUAUAUUUUUGCAUUUCCACUGGAAGCGAAACAGUAUUGUUUAUUUCCUGUUUAUCUUGGGGAAUAUAAAUGAUAAAGAGACUAUUGCAACAUUAGAAUAUUACAUUUUAUCACAUAAACCGCGGUGCAGGAGUGUAAUAAAGCCAUUUAAUAAAAACGAUAUUACACUAGUGUAAUAACACUUUGACGUGAUGUCAUUUGCGCUAUAUAGAAACAUAGCGUUAAAGCGCGCUAAUGUUAGCGUUACACUACAAACGCGUCAUUGAAUAAUUACUCAUUUUAACAGUUUACUGUUCUUAUUUUAUGUAUGUGAUAAAAAGAAUAUUAUAUUCGUGUAGAUUCAAUACUAAAUUUAUUGAACGAGUUGAAUAAAACAAUAUUAUGCUCGCCAGAGGCUCGCAUAAUAUGAUUUUAUUUAACUCGUUCAAUAAAUUUAGUAUUAAACUACACUCAUUCAAUAUCCUCUAUUUCUGAGGUUUUCUAUUGUCAUAAUUCUGAAUGAACCUGAGAAAUUUAGUUUAUACAUAAUUUAUUUUAGUUUGAUUAUGUUGGAAGCUAUUAUGUUAUAGAAACACUCCAAGCAGUUCCAACCAUUAUUGAAUUAGUGAACAAUGAGCUUAAAGGGCUUUUGCUGAAGGAAGCAAUGGCUUGCCCACGACUGGUUUAAACUUGUGUAACAACAGUGUAGCUGGUUAUUGUAAGACUACCAGUCCGACAUGUUAACCACUCAGCCAUGCCCCCACUUGUGAAAUUAAGAUGUUGAGGGUAGGGAUGGGAGUGGCCAAAAAAGGAGGGGAGGCAAGUUUAAGGUUGUUGUCAAGUCUCUGUAUGAACAAUUGAAGUCAUGAUUUAAGUGGUUAUUUGUUACACAUGUACAAGUUUAUACCUGACAUAUACUAUAGUGAAAUGUUGGUAAAUAAUUUUCAGAGCUAAGAGCUUAGUAUAUAUAUGAAUUGUAAACAUAGAUUGCUGUUAUUCAUUAUGUUCAAAUAUUAUUAUAUAACCUUUUGUUCUUAAUGAGACUUGAUUUAAAGUGCUUUUAUUUAUUUAUAUGAAUCAUCACGUGAAUGUAGCUCUGAGUUAUGUUUUUUUGUCAUGUAUCUAUAAUAAUUGCAAAUUGUCAACAAGAUUUAUCAAGCCUACAUGAUUUGUUAUUUCUAUGUUGAUGAUUUUUAUGCAAUACACAACACAUCAUAUGUGUUGAAAAAGUAAACGUUGAGAGAAUUGAAAAUUUGAUUUUGCUUAUGUAAAAACUCUUCAAGUUCUGUGUUCUAAAAUGAAUGUUUAACAUCUUUGUGUUUGCCAUGUUUUGUUCAUCUCUAUCUGUUAUUUCUUGUAAUUAAUGACAUUUUUUUGUAGAUACCAUUUGGCUUGAUUUUUUAGAAAAAUAUUUAUUGUGUUAAUUUUUGAGUGAUUGAAUCAACGAAUGUAUUUAGAAAAGCUAAAACCCAUUUUUAUUUAUCACAUACUGUAUAUUUUAUUAAAAAAACAUCAUUAUUAACAUUGUGUAUUUUCUUAUAAUUUCGAAAAAAAAUCAUUAUACAUUUAACCUUCGAACCAAACUUAAAAUCAUUGUAACAAUUUUUAUAUGCUGGCAAUAUCUUUACAGAUAUACUAUGUUCAAAUUUGAAAAAAAAAAUAUAUUUGAAAAUAUUGUUAAUUGCUACACAGUCUCUUUAUAUGUAUAAAAUAAACAUGUUUUGACUUCACAUAAAGUAGAUAUGUUAUGUUCUAAACUCUACACACUAUAGGUGGACACAAUAUUAAUAAAUAGUGUCAUUAAAAAGUUUUUUUUGUUU